AUGGGGCUCCGGGCGCUCCUUCUGCUCCUGCCGCCGGUGCUGGCCGCGCUGGGCGGCCUCGCGGGCUCCGGGACCGCGCGUGGGAGCGAGCUCUCCGCACACCGGAGCGCAGGGCGCACCUUCUUCCUCCCCGCCCUGUCGUGGCCAAGUGGGAUCCGCUUUGUAGCCCUGGUCUCCGAUGGGGCCAGCAGCUCGGGGUUCACCAGGCAGCAGAUUGAGCCUGAUGGAGGCCGGGGGCCUGGGGAAGAGCAGUCAGGAACUCUCAUGGAUUUGCUUUAUUCAUCCAAUGCAGACGAAGUAAGGUGUAACAUGACAAGGCAAGCUGCCUGUGGGGACAGGUGCAUUCCCGUGACCUGGCUCUGUAACGGAGAGCGAGAUUGCCCUGAUGGAACGGAUGAGCAGUGUGAGGACGUGUGUCGUGGACAUCCCCAGGCCUGGCAGUGUGAUGACGGGAAAUGCAUUUCUAUUAGCUGGCUCUGUGACGGUGCGGGGGACUGCCUGGAUGGCUCCGAUGAGGUUAACUGUGAGAUACCAACAGCCUGUCCUAGUCGAAAAAUCCAGUGUCCAGGAAAUUCUGGGUGUCGCGAUGCUUGGGAGCUCUGUGAUGUCCGUAGGGACUGCGCAGAUGGGCUCAAUGAGGCACAGUGCUCCCCGAACCGUUGUCCGGCCGGCCAGUGGCAGUGCAGGAACAAGGUGUGCGUCAUGGAUGGCGGCAGGUGCAAUGGCAUCAACGACUGCGGCGACUCCUCAGAUGAGGAAGCCUGUGCUUCCUGUCCAGAAGGCCUGGUUGGAUGUGACAAUGGGAAGUGCAUCCCAGAAUCCCUGAUGUGUGACGGGGGAGCAGACUGCGCAGAUGGAAGGGAUGAGCCGGCUACGUGCGGUAAAAACUGCUCUCUGGCCAACGGGGGCUGUGAGGGGCAGUGCAGGGACACAAACUGGGGAGUCCAGUGUUCGUGUGGAGUCGGGUGGCAGUUACAGCCAGACGGUCAGAGCUGUGCAGAUAUAGAUGAGUGCUCCAAGGCCUACAGUCCUUGUGGCCAGCUGUGUCAUAACACACCAGGCUCUUACUCCUGUGGAUGUGUUUACGGUCACCAGCUCUACAAUGGCACCAGUUGUCGAGUUACAGAUGAUACUGUUAAAAUUCUUGUAGCAGCAGAUCGAGAACUUGGUGUCCUGGAUCAAAGAACAGGCAUCUAUGAGCCUCUCAUCCCUACAAAAUCGAGGCCUACUUCCAUCGCAUAUGAUCUUGAGAGAAGCAUGUACUUUUGGGUGGAUGAAGUCUUAAAUGUGUUUGUCCUUGGGAAGCCAAACUCGGUUCCUCUCUAUCCAGAAUUUAAAAUGGUGAACAGUAUCUCUCUGGACUGGGCCACGGGACAGUUGUACUGGGCGAGCAGCUUCGCAAAAGUCAUAUGUGCUGGUCUAAGUGAUGGCAGAGGCUAUGUCAAAAUCUUGGAAAAGGGUCUGGUGCCAGAGCAGCUAACUGUAUUUCCAACAAAGAAGUCCUUGUAUUGGGUAAAUCGUGGUGAGAGAGAUAUGAGAACUAUAGAGACUGCAGGGAUGGAUGGCUCGGACAGGAAGGUGCUCGCAGUGGUAAACAUGGAGGCGCCCGUAGGACUGACACUUGACCACGUGACCGGCAGGCUCUACUGGAUCAGUGCCUAUAAAGAGUCCAUAGAGACAGUCAAUGUCGACGGCAGUGGGAGGCACACCUUUCCUGAGGUCUUCUUGGAAGGUGAUGAUCCAAUAGGACUAGCUGUAUUUGAGAACUCUUUCUUCUGGGCAAAUAAAAUACGGCUGUUUCGUACUUCACCCCACACCCCAAAGGAGAGAAUGGUGCUGCUGAAUGCUUCCAUAUCUGCUUUCUCUGUCCUGCACAAAUCCCAACAGCCCAAAGGCAGAUACCCAGAAUGUGCUCCAGGCUCCUGUAGCCACUUAUGUCUCCUGUCCCCCGUCCACCCCAAGGGCUAUAAGUGUGUUUGUCCAGAAGGAAUGUUUCUUUUACCUUAUGGUACAUGUAGUGAGUUAAAGCUGGUGUUUUCUUCUGGCAAACGUCUCUACUUGUUGAAAGUUGGUUUUAUGGGAACUGCUCUAGAGCGGACCCUGGUUCAAGAGCACCCCAGGAACAUCUAUUUACUGGAUAUUGACUGGAAAAGAAACCUCAUCUACUGGACAGAGGCCCAGGGACAUCUCUUCUUCUCAACUGGCUAUUCAGGAGAAAAGCGAGAGAUUUGGACAGAGCAUACAGUCUGCUCAGCAAACGUGGACAUAUCCACUGGGGACUUGUACUGGCUGCCCUGCGACAGAAGUACUAUUCAGAAGACCAACGUUACUGGCCCAGACACACAUACCCUCUACAGAACAGGCAGCAUUAUACUGCAUCUUCUUCUCAACUGGCCAAAGAGAGUGAUCUACUGGGUAGAAAGUGGGAAACACUUGCAAAGUAUGGCCCUUGAUGGCAAAAAUAGACAGGAAGUGUGGAUGGGCACCUGGACGGCAGAUACCCAUAUGACCUUAGACCUUGGCUCAUCUAGCAUCCUCUGGACUGCCAAAGGGUCAGGGUUGCAAAGUCUGAGCCUCCUGAAAAAUAGAACAUACACUUUGAACAAGACCUGGAGUGACAGCAUCAUGGCGGCUCACGAGCCCUACCUGGUGACCAUGCACCGAGGCGCCCUCCUGCUGUGGGACAGGAGGAUGCCAGAGCCCUUCCCUGUGUCAAAAGAGCCAUACGUGAGGAAAGUGAUCAUCCUGGCAGAGAAUCAGCGAGUUUCAGAUCCUGAGUUUGAAGGGCCCGCCACCAGCGGCACCCCCAUCCUUCCUCCAGCGCCCCCCCUGCUUUGCCCCCCAUCCUCUGUCUUCUGUCGAAACGGGGAGGAAUGCGUCUCUCUGGAGUACGUCUGCGAUGGCAAACGGGACUGUCGGGAUGGCUCAGAUGAAGGGAACUGUUCCCACUUCUGCAACAGACCAGGAGUCUUCCGGUGUCUGAACGGAAACCGGUGCAUUGAGGACAAGUACCACUGCGGUGGGGCUCAGCAGUGCUCCGAUGGGUCCGACGAGCUGGGCUGCUGGGAGCCCGCUGAGGAUUGUUCUCUGCGUUGUGACAACGGGACCCACUGUAUUCCUAAGAGCUGGCUGUGUGACGGCCACCCAGACUGUUCUGACAGGAAAGAUGAAGAAGGAUGCGUUCGUGCCCAGUGCAGCACAGCUGAAUUUCGAUGCAAGAGCGGCCAGUGCAUAUCUAGUUUUCUGUGCUGUGAUGGGAAUCAAGACUGCCUGGACCACUCUGACGAAGAUGGCUGUCCUGUUGCCUGGCCUCCGCGGUGCCCGUCAGGGAAGGACUGUGAUCCCCAGGAGCUUCGCUGUGGCUCCAGGCAGUGGUCCUGUGGCAGCAGAGAGCGGUGUGUUCCUGACACGUGGCGCUGUGACGGGCAGAGAGACUGCGGGGACGGCAGUGACGAGGCCGGGUGCCCCCCCCCGAAGUGCCGGAGUUCUGAGUUCCAGUGCGGCUCCCGUGUCUGCCUUGACCUCCGCCUGGUGUGUGACGGGAAGGAGCACUGUCCUGACGGCUCCGACGAAGGCGGCCAGUGCGCUGGGUCGGCCUGCAGCUCCGCGCGGUGCUCCCACGCCUGCCACCCAUCCCCACGUGGGCCCGUGUGUGCUUGUGAGCAAGGCUUUGAGCUGGAGAGCGGCAGCCAAGCCUGCAUGGAUGUGGAUGAGUGCCAGAGGCCAGGCGGCCAGCCUUGUAGUCAGACCUGUGUCAACACCGAGGGCUCCUACAGCUGCACCUGUCGCCCUGGCUACUCGCUGGAAACUGAUGGCCACACAUGUAAAGCAACAGGUAACCUGGAGCCCGGAUGUCUCCUCAGCCCCAGAUCAGGAGUGUCGAGGUUCUAA